GUGAAAACCCGUUUGUUACUAAAAAAGGCAGAUAUGUCUGUAACUAGCUUUCUUAAUUCUUUGAAUUGAAAGGGUUUAUAAAGUAAGGAUGGCAGACAAAUAUUAUCGACUGGUAACAUUUAUCGUGAAUAUCUGCCCCAAACCCUUACGAGCCUUGUUUAUAUCUAAGGCAGAACAUGAUCCAUAGAUUUACUGAUAUCGAGAACUACCUGUAUUUUCGAAGAGGUGAAAUCGAAACUUUACGGAAACGUUUCAGAAUAAGUGAAGAUCAGUUUGCUCUUAUUUACCCAGCUAUUCACUCCGUGGAUAUUAAAACAUGGGACGUAACUUUACUGAUAUUAUUGCUCAAAGAGUUAUUUCCAAAACAGUUGCAGCAAAAUGAAAGAGAUUGCCUUCGUUAUAUUACUGAAAUUAGGAACAGUCUACAACAUAUUGCAAACAUAGAGUUUGUAACUGACGAGAAGUUCAAUACCUCAUGGACAUGUCUAAGGGAUGCUGUUCUUACUCUAAAACAAUCCACCGGAGCAUCCGUGCUUGGCAAUAUAGAAGAUGAAAUCAAAACGGCACUUGUUGAUAAUAUGCCCUCUUUUGGAGAUGUUCGUAGUACUUGGCAAAAGUCACUGUACUCGGAACUUCAAUUACGAUAUUCUGAUCUAGCAAAUGAAGUUAAAAUAACGAAAGAAGGAACAAUGGAAGCAAAAAAGAUUUUAACGAAAGCAACUGUUGCGAAGAAAGGGCGUUCGGGAGUACCCGAAAAAAGAAUGAAAAUUGUUGACAGAAAAAUAGAGCGAAUGAAAGAAAAACUCAAGAGAGCACUGUUAGAAGAAAACGACUGCAAAGAAAAUUUCAAAAGGGGCCAUUUCUGA